CGGCUCUACAAUACUAGCCCGAUACCCGACUGCUACUUGCUUUUUCUGCCUGCCGCCCGGGACACGCUAAUCGACGCUUACUUCUAUCUGACCCGCCUGGCGCGUGUCGUACUCCGAGCGAUGAAGUUCCUAGUUACCUCGCUGCUGCUCUACCUGACUUUGUUACUUGAGGCCGAUGCUCUGCGGAUAAGUGGGAGACGGAUCCCAUGGGAGGAGAGGCUGCAAAGGAGGGGGGCCAUGUCCGCUACACUGACAAAUGAUGGAGACCUCAAGUACUUCACCAAUAUAACGCUGAACGACGAGGUAUUUCCCGUGCUCAUCGAUACAGGAAGUUCCGACUUGUAUGUCGCGGGUGAUGUCGCCGGAGCAGGUAGUACGGGAAAAAACGCAACCGUUACUUAUGCCAUCGGUGCUGCCUCUGGCCCUAUUCUCACUGCGAAACUGGAGAUCGAGCAAUUCACUGUCAUGAAUCAAUCGUUCAUUCUCGACCAGUCCGGAAACAAUCCCAAAGGUCAAGGACUCAUUGGUCUUGGCCCCAACUCUGGCUCCGAAACUCACUCCGUACUCAACAACCCAAACGGUGACACGCCGCUCGACCGUAUUUUCCGCCAGAACACCUCGACCCCGAACUACCUAACCAUCUAUCUUGGACGGAGCGAUGACCCCACGAACUCCUUCCCUGGCGACCUGACAAUCGGACAGCCCGUUCAGGGCUUAGAAAAUGUCACGAGCAUGCCAAAACUGCCCGUAGUCAACGUUGACGACGGCUUAGCGCAGCAUUGGCAGGCCCUCCUCGAUGUCGAUGGCAUCAUCGGCCCUGACGGUCAGCCAGUGCAGGUCACUUCGCAAGUCAAGAACGGCGGUACGAAUAGGCUGAACGCCAUCUUUGACAGUGGCUUCUCGCUCCCUCAAGUGCCCCAAGCUGUUGCUGAUGCGUUCUACGGGCGUGUACCCGGUGCACAGCUGACGAAUUUCACUGGUCUCGGAGAAGUGUACACGCUGCCGUGCGAUGUUGAACUGAAUGUAACCUUCAAGUUCGGCAAUAUCAGCUAUCCCAUAAACCCACUCGACACAAGCUUGUCUGAGCUUGACAAAACAAAUGCGUCUGGUAAUCCUGUCUGUGUCGGUGCCUUCCAGCCUAUUCAGCCCGGUGCGCAGUCUUCCACGUAUGACAUGAUUCUUGGCAUGGCAUUCUUGCGUAAUGCAUACAUGCUCAUAGACUACGGCGAUUUUGUUGAUGGCUCCUCCUCAAAGACAGCCCCUCCUUACAUCCAGCUGCUGCCGCUUACGACAGACCUUGCGGAGGUACACUCUGACUUCGUCAAGGCCCGCCUCAUGGGUGUUGACAACACGGGCAACUUCAAGCUUCUGCCGGAGUCGGUCCUGCCGCCAAAUAACGAUGACAGCAGCAACAACAACGACAACGAGAGCUUCGCAGAAAAAGUGCACCCAUACUUGCCUUAUAUUAUCGCGGGCAGCGCGGUACUGGGCGCGGCGCUGCUCAUUGCCGUUGCAUUCUGCAUUGCCAAGAGCCGUCGCAAGCGUUACCGCCGCCUGCACGACCCCGCGCCUGCUGGUCUAGAGUACGGCCAGUAUGGAUACCACAAUCAGGAGGCACCACCCUUCAUGCAGUAUCAGCCUUCCCGAAGGUACUAGGCACCGCCCUUUCCUCGACCUUGCCCUGAGGCAGGUGCCACAAAACCACAACAUGUGCAUCUUCAUCACUCAUCUUUACCGGACAUUGCAUAGGACUGCUUCAUUUCAGGGCUGGGAGAUGAUCUAGCUGUAGAGAUCUAUUCGCUCUCGAUGGACACUGCCUUCAAGUAUAUACUAUCCUAUUUAUUCGACGCCCGCAAAACAGAGCGCAUCGUGUUUGGAUUGUCCCAGAGAGGGAAUCCC